UAGUACAACCAGUAUUAUUAAUAGACCUUUCAACACCUCUACAUUUCAACAUAAAUGCAACCACACAGAUCAUUUUCAAAAUGCCUGUUAAUUUCUGAGGAAGUUGAGCAACAAUGAUCUCUAAAAAGUCCUGACGGGGAAGAGAAUAAGUAGACGGAGAGAAGAGCAGAAAAGAAGGAGAUGAUUGAAAGAGGACUGAUAGGGUGAAAGAAGAGGCAUUUGGCAGUGGAGUGGAGUGGACUGUGGAGAACACUUCCCAUUGGAGCCCUGCUGCUUAGGACCUUGAAGUUUACAGGUGAAUUCCCAAAGAUCCCUCAGAAAAGGGGGACACGUCCGUGCUUCUACACCUGCAUUGCUUGCUGUUUGGGGUUUUAGGACAGGUUUUCUGUACAGCACUUUGAGAUAUCAGCUGAUAAACCGGUUGGAUAUUUCCGUUGAGAAUCUGAUAAGAGUCCCGGAGCGCACAGGAAUAACGGAGGACUAAUGGCCACGUCUGAACCGACAGCCACUGGCGGGGACCAGGACCCCAACUCUGCCAAUUUACGACCUUCGUCUACAAACUAUGACGCGUGGAUGCAAGGCUGCACGCGGAAACUGGGUUUGAAGAUCUGUGGGUUCCUGCAGAAGAACAACAGUCUUGGGGAGGAAGGCCGGCUCGCAGGCUCACUCUCAGAACGCCAGAAGAACCUGUAUUCCUGUGACAACAGCGACCGGGAUGCCCGUUUCCGCCGCACUGAGACCGAUUUUUCCAACAUGUUCGCGAGAGACUUACUUCCCGCCAAAAACGGAGAAGAGGCGACUAUGCAGUUCUUGUUGGAACUUGUGGGCAUCCUCACCAACUACGUCAGGAAGACUUUUGACCGUUCCACCAAGGUUCUGGACUUCCACCAUCCUCACCAGCUGCUCGAGGGCAUGGAGGGAUUCAACCUCGAGCUCUCUGACCAGCCAGAGUCCCUCGAGCAGAUCCUCGUGGACUGCAGGGACACGCUCAAGUACGGCGUGCGAACAGGUCAUCCACGGUUCUUCAACCAGCUGUCUACGGGGCUGGACAUCAUUGGGCUGGCUGGGGAGUGGCUCACCUCCACAGCCAACACCAACAUGUUCACCUAUGAGAUCGCUCCAGUGUUUGUCCUGAUGGAGCAGCUGACGUUGAAGAAGAUGAGAGAGAUGAUUGGCUGGCCCUCGGGAGAGGGGGACGGCAUAUUCUCACCAGGGGGCGCCAUCUCUAACAUGUACAGUGUGAUGAUUGCUCGCUACAAGUACUUCCCAGAGGUCAAGACCAAGGGCAUGUCUGCCGCUCCCCGCCUGGUGCUCUUCACAUCAGAACAUAGCCACUACUCUAUCAAGAAGGCCGGGGCAGCUCUGGGCUUUGGUUCUGAGAACGUGGUCCUGCUGAGCACAGAUGAGAGGGGGAGAGUUAUUCCUGCUGAUCUAGAAGCUAAGAUCCUCGAUGUCAAGCAGAAGGGUUACCAUCCUCUGUUUGUGAAUGCUACAGCUGGUUCUACAGUCUACGGAGCAUUUGACCCCAUCAACGAGAUCGCUGACAUCUGUGAAAAAUACAACAUGUGGCUGCACGUAGACGGUGCAUGGGGAGGUGGUCUUCUGAUGUCCAGGAAGCAUCGCCAUAAGUUCAGCGGAGUAGAGAGGGCUAACUCUGUCACAUGGAAUCCUCACAAGAUGAUGGGAGUGCCUCUACAGUGCUCCGCCAUCCUAGUCAGAGAAAAGGGUAUUCUGGCAGGCUGUAACUCGAUGUGUGCUGGGUACCUGUUCCAGCCUGAUAAACAGUAUGAUGUCAGCUAUGACACGGGAGACAAGGCCAUCCAGUGUGGCCGACACGUUGACAUCUUCAAGUUCUGGCUCAUGUGGAAGGCCAAGGGCACUAUAGGGUUUGAGCAGCACAUUGACAAGUGUCUGGAUCUGUCUCAGUACCUCUACGACAAGAUCAGAAACAGACAGGGAUACGAGAUGGUGUUCCAGGGAGUGCCCCAGCACACCAACGUGUGUUUCUGGUACAUCCCACCCAGUCUGAGAGGCUUGGAACACAACAGUGAGGAGUAUCGAGAAAAACUUCACAAGGUGGCGCCCAAGAUCAAGGCAAUGAUGAUGGAGUCAGGGACGACCAUGGUGGGCUACCAGCCUCAGGGCCAGAAGGUCAAUUUCUUCCGCAUGGUCGUCUCCAACCCCGCAGCCCUCCAGUCAGACAUCGACUUCCUCAUUGACGAAAUCGAGAGGCUGGGGCAUGACCUGUAAACAGUGCCACCCCAGUGGGCAGAGGCCAAAAUUGUAGUUUUCAAUGUUUUACCUGUGACCAUAAGAAUCGGCUCUGAGAUAAAAAAAUAUAUAAUAAUUUUUAGCUGUUCUUGAUUUGUUCUAAACAAUUCUCUCCAUAGGUAGAAUGUGUAAACCAGAGCCUUCAAUGUGGUGGGUACACACUGCGAUACUACAUUUUUACUAACGUGCGUAGAGUCCUGUGUUGUGUGUUUGUGUUCUAGUCCCUCAGUCGUCCAGUAGUCAUCUGUCUAUCUGUGUACAGAAGAUUCAUAAGAGGAACCAUGGUAACGUAACACAGGGAAACCAUCUACAUCAGUGUGUGUUUGUGUUUGUGUGUUUGUGCGUAUGUGUGUGUAAAUACAAAGAAAUGCUUGAGAGCACAAAUAGUAUAGUGUACACAUGUGGCCCCCAGAACAGCCUCAAUUCGUCGGGGCAUGGACUCCACAAGGUGUCAAAUGUUCCACAGGGAUGCUGACCCAUCUUAACCAAUGCUUCCCACAGUUGUAUCAAGUUGGCUGGAUGUCUUUUGGGUGGUAGACCAUUCUUGAUACACACAAGAAACUAUUGAGUGUGAAAAGCCCAGCAGCUUUGCAGUUCUUGACACAAACAGGUGCGCCUAGCACCUACUACCAUACCCUGUUCAAAGGCACCUACAUCUUUAGUCUAGCCCAUUCACCCUCUGAAUGGCACACACACGCAAUCCAUGUCUCAAUUGUCUCAAGGCUUAAAAAUCCUUAUUUAACCUUUCUCCUCCUCUUCAUCUACACUGAUUGAAGUGGAUUAAACAAGUGAAAUCAAUAAGGGAUCAUAGCUUCACCUGGAUUCAGCUGGUCAGUCUAUGUCAUGGAAAGAGCAGGUGUUCUUAAUGUUUUGUACACUCAGUGUAUUGUGAUAUUAUGAUAUAUGAGAUACUUAAUUUGAGCUCAGUGUAUAUAUAGGAUCAUUCUAAAGUCAGAUGUACCAACUCAAAGUGUUAAACCUUGAACUCCAGUGUGUGUUUUGUGGAGGUGUGUGUGUGUGUAAGUGUGUGUAACAGUGUGUGUACCCUGUGCUGUAACCUAAUGCUGUAUUGACCUUUGAACUAUGACCUUAGUGUUAACUGUCAGAAGACGUUGCCCCUGUAUACUGAUCUAGGGUCACUGUUAUGUUUUUCUCCCUUAUGGUUAAUAUUAGGGUUUGGGGGUAGGGUGAGCUGAUCCUAGAUAUUUGUCUAAAAGCGACUUCUACUUGCAGCGUGUAGAAAACGAUCUCCUUGCGUGUGUGAAACAAGCAUACAGUAUGGGUCAGUGCUAUCCGGGUUCAUUGGGACGUCCCUACCCUAAACCCUAACCUUAACCAUAACCAUAACCCUUACCCAAUCCUAAACCUUUACUUAACCAUUUAAAAGUUCUACUUCAAUGGGGUAAGGACGUUCCAAGUAUCCCGGAUAGCAAGGACCAAACAGUAUGUAACCAUUUUUGAAAAUGUUUAAAUAUUAACACGAUAAUGAUAUAUAUAAAUAUGCUUCAUUUAUAGCAUUACGAGUGUUUUAAAAGUCAGGUAUUUUCUUCCAUUUGUAUGAGUAUCUUUGAUUGAUAUUCUAUAUUCUCGAUGUAAUCUGUAGAUUCUAAUAAUAAUUCAUCAAUUAUAUUAUAGUGAAUUUGUGAGCCAAAGAAAGUGAAUAUUUUGCAGUGAUCAGAUUGUCUGUAUGAUACGUAAUUAUUAUGAGAUUAUAAAGAAAUAGAUCUUGUCUGACAGGAAUAUAAUUACAUGAAUGUAAUAUACUAACUUAUACUGUCUAUAUUAUAUACCUUCCGCGUUUUGGGAACUCAUUGGUAAAUCAAAGAGCUUCAGUUCGUGUCUUUGCACACUACUAUGCUUUUUAAUUCAUUUCAUUUGAAAUGGAUGUGUAUUGCAGUAAGUUAAGAAUUAUGUCAUUAUAAAUAUAUCUUUAUGGUAUGUAGGGACCAGCUAAGUAAACUGCACAAUGACCUAAAUCAUGUGACCAAUUUGGAUGUGUAUGAAGCCGUAGUGGGAGGUUUGUCCUUAGGAAGGUACAGGAGGCACUUUAACUCACAAUCAUGCAAUGUUGCAGCUACAAUAAAGUCUGUCUGUUGUUUCAACUGUU